AGAUUUUUGUUGUUAUAUCGACUUUGAAAGUUUGACAUUGUGAAUCGAUUGGUGAUUGAUUUAUCAAAAUGAGUUCCGGUCGUAAUAGCAUUUUGUUAUCGUCGAAAGAGCACAAGCUAUUGGAACUCGUGAAACCGCAUGUUGAGUCGUUUGAUUACUUCCUUUCUAAAGGACUGACGUAUCUGGAGAAGGAGCUCCAGCCUUUAAGGUUUAUUCUUAACACCGACGAUCAAGAAACGAAGGAAUCGGAAUCAAAGAAGACGACAAGAAAAGUACAUUUUACACAGCAACUGGAUAACAACAGUAGUGAGAGUCUUUUAGACCCACAAAACUCAGAUGCCGCAGAAAAUUUUGAGGUGAACCAGAAACAUUUUGCCUCUAAAAAGCUUCCCAAAGACGCACAAGACAGUUUCCACACACCGAGCUCGUUGAUGGGACAGACCCCAGCUUCUAAAUUGCACGUUGAAAUUGAUGUAGCCAACAUAGAAGUUAGGAAGCCAUCACAGUAUCCCAAAGCGCGUAGAAGUGUGCAUGAUAAGCUGUUGCCGAGGCACUGUCGAGAGAACCAAACUAGUUAUAAAGCUCCACUUUUUUUGACUCUUCGUUGCAAGAUUGAUGGUAAGGUUUGCCAUCAGUUGGUUCGCCUUGUGGGAGAGAUUCCAGUCAUGGUUCGAAGUGCAGUGUGUCAUUUGAGUAAAAUGGAUAGUGGAGAGUUGCGGAAAUUAGGAGAAGAAGAGUUCGAGACUGGAGGAUAUUUCAUCUGUAAUGGUGUAGAGAAAGUGUUGCGAAUGAUCAUCGUCUCAAGGAGAAAUCAUAUCAUGGCUAUUAAGAGAGACUCUAAUAGCAACAGGGGACCUUUGUUUUCUUCAUUUUCUUGUUAUAUAAGAUGCGUUAGACCAGAUCAAACAAGCAAGACCUUCCAUCUUCACUACUUGACUUCUGGUGCCAUUCAAGCUAGAAUUUCUAUUUCAAAGCAAGAGUACAUGAUACCUGUGUUGCUAAUCUUCAAAGCUUUGAUUCCAGAGAUAACCGAUAGAACUAUAUACGAAGUCAUUAUGCAAGGAAACGAAAAUGACAUUUAUUUACGGGAUCGUGUAAUUGCAAUGCUGAUGGAUGGCUUGUCAAAGUAUGAAGGAACCGCUGGUUCAGAGUUGGCUUAUCUUGGAAGAACUUUUCGUAUCGCAUUGAGUAUAUUCGAUGAUCAAGUUACUGACGAACAAGUUGGAAGACAGUUUCUGAAGCAUUUUGUAUUAAUACAUCUUAGUGGUGACAAAUAUACAGAUGAUGACAAUGUAGCCAAACUCGAAAUGUUAGCUUUAAUGAUUCGGAAACUGAUUGCUGUAGCAAGGGGCUCUAUUUGCCCUGAUAGUCCUGAUUCUUUAGCACAUCAAGAAGUGCUACUUCCAGGACAUUUGUAUAUGAUGUAUUUGAAAGAGAAAAUAGAAGAUUAUUUAUUAGGCAUUCGCUCUGUGAUUUUGAAGGAUUUCAACAUGAAGAAAGCGAUUCAUUUAGAAGAAGGUCCAUAUUUUGCCACUUGCUUACAAAGAUGCCCUAUAGAUAUUGGCAAAAGAAUGGAGCAUUUUAUUGCAACUGGUCAGUUGCAGACUAGGACAGGAUUGGACUUGAUGCAAACUGCUGGAUAUUCAGUUGUUGCUGAAAGAAUCAGUUAUUAUCGAUAUAUUUCUCACUUCCGUUGUGUCCAUCGAGGACAGUUCUUUUCAGAGUUGAAAACUACUUCCGUUCGUAAACUUCUUCCAGAGGCAUGGGGUUUUCUAUGUCCUGUUCAUACACCCGAUGGCGCUCCUUGCGGUCUUUUGAACCAUCUAGCGCAUCCUGUAAUUGUUUCACAGUCAGAGGAGAUGGCUACAGAACCCUUGUUAAGUUGGCUUGUUGAACAUGGGAUGACUUUGUCCAAUAAGUAUUCCUCUUUAGAAAUGCCAAAUGCAUGGGAGUAUCCCGUCGUUUUAGAUGGAAAGAUAUUAGGCUAUCUUUCUGUGGAUAUAAUGAUGAAUAUCAGUCAGCAAAUGAGAAUUCUAAAGGUAAACAAUGAGAUGAAUAUACUUCCAAAAACUGCAGAAAUUGUUACAGUUGUCCGCCAAACCUGGAACGAUCGAAACUUCCCUGGUCUAUUUAUCUUCACUGGUCCUGCAAGAUUAUUAAGACCAGUAUGGCUAUUGUUGUCAAAGUCGCCAAAACAAGAAUAUAUUGGUCCAUUGGAACAGGCAUUUUUGCGUAUUGCUAAUCCUAAAGUCGUUUCUUUAGAUUGGAAGAAUAUGAAGAAGGAUGAGUCUGUUUUUGUUCCUGCAACACAUGAAGAAAUUGACUGUUUGAGCUUCCUAAGUUUAGUAGCAUCGCUUACUCCAUUUUCAGAUAUGAAUCAGAGUCCGAGGAAUAUGUACCAAUGCCAAAUGAGCAAACAAAGCCUGGGCACUCCCUAUCAUUUAUUUGAAAGAAGAAGUGACUCUAAAAUGUAUCGACUUGUAACCCCACAAGUGAGUUUUUCAUUUCAUGUUUGGACAAGUUUUGACAUAUUUCAGAUUCCUAUCGUUCGAAAUUUUCCAACUCAAGAUUCUUUUGAGAUGGAUCAUUUUCCUAAUGGUUUUAAUGCUGUAGUAGCAGUUUUGAGUUACACUGGCUAUGAUAUGGAGGACGCCAUGGUCAUCAAUAAGGCAAGUUUGGAUCGAGGCUUGGCGCAUGGAACGAUGUAUUCAACACAGUUGAUCGAUUUAGAUCAAAUGAGAGGAACAAAAUCGAAAUAUAUAGGAGGAGGUAGUCAACAUGAGACAAUUGGCGAGGAUGGAUUACCAGAAGUUGGUGUUAGAGUGUUCAAAGGUGAUCCACUGUAUUGUAUAGCAGAUGAAACUGUGUACAGUCUAGCUAGUGGCACUUCAGAGAAAGUUUAUUUUCAUAAGCAAGCUGAUCCAGCUAUAGUUGAUCAAGUUCGUCUGAUUCCCGUUACUAGCAGAGCCUCCGCAGAAGGCAUCCGAAGAGCUUCGAUAAAAUUGCGUUAUCCGAGAAUUCCAGUUAUUGGAGACAAGUUUGCUUCUCGUCAUGGCCAGAAGGGAGUUCUUUCAGCGUUGUGGCCUUCGGAAGACAUGCCUUUUACGGAGAAUGGGAUCGUUCCUGAUAUUAUUUUUAACCCAAAUGGAUUUCCUAGUCGAAUGACUAUAGGAAUGAUGAUGGAAAGCAUUUGUGGUAAAGCAGGAGCAUUGCAUGGCAUGUUUCAAGAUUCCACUCCCUUUCGCUUUGAUGAAGAUAACACUGCUGUUGAUUACUUUGGAGAACAGUUACGCAAGGCUGGCUUUAAUUUCUAUGGAAAUGAAGUUAUGUAUUCUGGAUACACUGGUGAGCCUUUUCAAGUCGAUAUUUUCAUUGGGGUCAUUCAUUAUCAGCGACUGAGGCAUAUGGUUAGCGAUAAAUUCCAGGUUCGUUCUACGGGUCCAAUCAACCCUUUAACUCGACAACCUGUGAAAGGACGAAAAGUAGGAGGCGCUAUUCGUUUUGGAGAAAUGGAAAGAGAUGCUUUACUUGCUCAUGGUGCUGCUUAUUUACUUCAUGAUCGGCUUCAACUUUGCUCUGAUUUGCAUACGGUUUAUGCGUGUGAAGUUUGUACCAUCGCAUCAUUUGUAGAUAUUGUGGCGAAGAGAAAGGACGCCCAAAGAAGAUACUAUUGCCUUAUGUGUUCAAAUAUUUGGCCACCGAAUUGGCAGCAGUCAAUAUUCGAACGCGAUUAGGAUUACAAUGUGAAAUGUGAC